AUGUUCGAGGAUAUUUACUUUUGGAACAAGCAUGGCCGACCGGACGCUGAAAAAGAUCAAUAUGUGAACUCUUAUUGCCAUCAGAAACUUCGUGAAUUGAAAACUCAAUCGGUUCUUCUGAAGACCUAUCAUCUGGAUUCUGGAGAGAAUGAAUGCAGCAAAAAGACUCAAGAAGAGAUGGAUAGAACAGUUUUUAGUCAGGAUAUUGCUCCUUAUGUCAGAUAUUCUGUGAAUAAAAGAAAGAGAUGGGAAACUGAGAAGAAUGUCGACACACUUGGAGAACUUCAGAAGAUGUAUGAUGAUAUGGAUGUGAUGAUUUUGGAAAGAAGACAGUUCCGAUCGCCUCCUUAUAUUUGCCAGAUCUUCUUUCACAACUACUUUUUCGAGAGGUUUCCAAUCUACCGAGUUCAUCAACUUAAGAAUAAUACUUAUGAAUGCACUUCCGUCAACUCUGUCCAUGGCCAAAAGAUUCAACACUUUUCUCCAAAAAAUCGAUCUCCAACAAAGGCUAAACAGACUGAAACUCUCCCGAAAACAGCGUCCCGCCCAAAAGUUGCCUAUCAUUUCAUCACUCCUCCAAAGAACUACGAAGUGUUCCUUCAAAAACGUUUUCAUCCUGGAAAUAUCAACUUGAAAUGGUGGUGGCCUUUGGAGAAAGUAGAUUUGAAUCUGAAGAAACAGGUAGAGGAAGAUUUGUAUGAAGCAAUAACCUAUGAUAGAUUGAUGGAUUUGGAAUGGGAUGAUGUACAUGAAUGGGAUGAAGAUCAUUACGAAGAGAAGGAUAACGAGUCCGCAAAGAAAUUUUACAAUCUCGAGGAUCACAUUGUCGACAAAUGGGUCGUUGUCAAAAGGAAGAGAAGUCAUCGUGGAUCUACUCGGUCUUAA